AUGCUGAUGGAGCACCGCCACAUACAAGGACGACCGAGCUGGGCCUCACUGUACUCGACCACAGGCGCGCCUUCUACCACGGCCGCCGCCAACACCUCGCUACUGUACGAUGUGCUGCGUCCGGCUGCCUAUUCGAAUGAGAACUCGCAGUACCAACCUCAGCAGCAGCCACCACAGUACCAGCUGGACCAGGAUAAUCAAUAUCGAUACCCCUCGCGCCAAACAUUCUUGCCUCCCCCACCACGCGACGACCCGCUCGCCCCAAGCGUCAGUCGGCUGCGGUAUCUCCCACCCGGUUUGCCGCGCCCGAUGAUCGGCGGGUCCCUGUCACCCCACUAUAGGACGAUAGACAAGACAUCACCAGUGUCGGCGGUUGUCACGCCCAGCUUCGUGAUUGCCAAGCCUGGGGGCCCGACGACACCAAAACGUGCCACGGACGAGGAGCGAAGAGCGAAGCAUCGGGAAGCCCAGCGGCGGUUUGUGAAGCGGAAGAAGAUCGAGAUGCUGCAGCUGAAGCAGUUGGCAGUGGAGCUUGAGAAGCGACAUGGUCUACUACAAGUAGUUAGCGAGCGAGAGACCCUGGUCCGUGAAAACCAAGUCUUGGUGCAGCAACUAGCAGAAGCACAGAAGGAGAAGAGCCGUGAGUCCCCGACCAGCGCGAACCAGCUCGUCUACGAGGAGGUGAAGGUAAAGGAGGAAACGCCGGGAAAAGAUAUCCAGGAUAUAGGUGACUCUUGUCAAGAGAUCAAGUGGGAGACACGGAAAUUCGAGUGGUGAACUACUGUACCUCGCCGAAUCAGAACUACCGUUCUUCUAAUAAAGUUACAUGUAUCCGACA